CUAGCGAGCCCUGCAAGACUUAGCCACCAGCUUAGCCAACGAGCACAGUCGCACACAUACGACACCGUGCUCCUCAAGCGAGAGAAGAUGGGGCAGGAGGCCGUGGCGGCGAACGGCGGCGGCGGCGGCAGGCCGCACGCGGUGGUGGUCCCGUACCCGCUGCAGGGGCACGUGAUCCCGGCGGUUCACCUGGCUCUGCGCCUGGCGGCCCGGGGCUUCGCCGUCACCUUCGUCAACACGGAGUCCGUGCACCAGCAGAUCGCCUCGGGCGGCGGCGGCGGCGACGACAUCUUCGCCGGCGCGGCGGCGGGGGUGAGGUACGAGCUGGUGGGCGACGGCUUCCCGCUGGGGUUCGACCGGUCGCUGAACCACGACCAGUACAUGGAGGGCGUCCUCCACGUGCUCCCCGCGCACGUCGACGAGCUGCUGCGCCGCCUCAUCGGCGACGCCGACGCCGCCGCCGCCACCUGCCUCGUCGUCGACACCUUCUUCGUCUGGCCGGCGACGUUCGCCAGGAAGUUCGGCGUGCCGUACGUAUCGUUCUGGACGGAGCCGGCGCUCAUCUUCACCCUCUACUACCACAUGGACCUGCUCACAAAGAACGGCCACUUCAACUGCAAAGAUGAUGUACCUGUCCUACACCAACAAGAUUUAUUAGACGUGCGGUGGCAGUGGAUCGGAAUGAUGAUGGAUCAGCCGGUCGGGAUGGGCUCACCGGCAAGGCAAGGUAUGGUGGUUGCAGAGCCUAGGAAGGACACGAUCACGUACGUGCCCGGGGUGGCGGCGAUCGAGCCCCGCGAGCUCAUGUCGUACCUGCAGGAGACGGACACGACGACGGUGGUGCACCGCAUCAUCUUCAAGGCGUUCGAGGAGGCGCGCGCCGCCGACUACGUGGUGUGCAACACGGUGGAGGAGCUGGAGCCGUCCACCAUCGCCGCGCUCCGCGCUGAGAAGCCCUUCUACGCCGUCGGCCCCAUCCUCCCCGCCGGCUUCGCCCGCAGCGCCGUCGCCACCUCCAUGUGGGCGGAGUCCGACUGCUCCCAGUGGCUCGCCGCCCAGCCGCCGGCCUCCGUGCUGUACAUCUCCUUCGGCAGCUACGCGCACGUGACGCGGGGGGAGCUGCACGAGAUCGCGCGCGGCGUGCUCGCCAGCGGCGCGCGGUUCCUAUGGGUGAUGCGGCCGGACAUCGUCAGCUCCGACGACCCCGACCCCCUCCCCAACGGGUUCGCCGCCGCCGCGGCGGGGCGCGGCGUGGUGGUGCCGUGGUGCUGCCAGGUGGAGGUGCUCUCCCACCCCGCCGUCGGCGCCUUCCUGACGCACUGCGGCUGGAACUCCAUCCUGGAGAGCGUGUGGGCAGGCGUGCCGAUGCUGUGCUUCCCGCUGCUCACCGACCAGUUCACCAACCGCCGGCUGGUCUCGCGGGAGUGGCGCGUCGGCGUGCCCGUCGGCGACCGCGGCGCCGUGGUCGCCGACGAGGUGAGGGCGAGGAUCGAGGGGGUGAUGCGCGGGGAGGAGGGGGAGCGGCUCCGGGAACAGGUGAGCAAGAUGCGGAGCACGCUGAAGGCCGCCGUGGCGCCCGGCGGCUCGUCGCAGCGCAGCUUCGACGAGCUCGUCGACGAGCUGAUGUGCCGCUGUGGCGGGCGCCGGUGAUAAUCCGGCCGGAGUCAACGGAUCAUGUCGCGACAUCAAUGAUCAACGCAUGCCAUGCCAUGACAUGCCACGCGUCUCACAGCGUGUCGGCCUCUCGUAUGUAUCAUCGUUUUCGUACGUACACCUACGUCUACAUGUACUCGAUCUAUACUGAGCCCGAGUGUGCCCCUUUGCCGGCGACGUGCAACUGAUGACUAUGUGCAAGCUACUAUUAAAUUGGCACCUUAUUUUCGCUUCUCUUCGUACUUAUACUCAAAUGUCAAAUUUUAAAUUUUUA